AUGGCCAGCUCCGCAGCAAGCGGAGAUGUCGGACCUCCCGCCGAGGCUGAACCUGGGGCGGCGGUGGCGCCGUCACCCCAAGGAUCCGUCACAUCUGUCAAGGUGGCCGUAAGGGUGCGACCCCUGGUGGGGAUGGAGACUGCGCAGGGAUGCGUCGAGUGCAUGUUCGGUGACAACGACAACAAUCAGGUGAUCAUUACCGGAGACAGCCGUCGCCGCAAGUUCGACAACGUGUUCGGGGCGGACUCUACCCAGGAACAGGUUUAUCGGAGCACCGCGCUUCCUCUGGUGAGGCGGUGCCUCGAAGGCUUCAACGCCACGAUCCUCGCGUACGGCCAGACGGGCUCCGGAAAGACCCAUACCGUUGGCAACGCUUACACGGUUAACGGGUCUCCGGAAGAUGCGGGCAUUAUCCCCCGCGCGGUUACCGACCUCUUCAAGCGCAUCGAAGAGCUUCGGGCGGAGGGGGUGAAGGCCUCCGUUCACGCCUCUUUCCUGGAGGUGAUCAACGAGGAGAUCAAAGACCUCAUCGGCGGUGGCGACGGCGGUACCGAAGGGGCCGUUCCCGCGGGGCUGCCGCUCCGGGAAAACACGCAAGGAGAAGUGACCGUGUCGGGCCUCAGCAAGCACGAGCGCAAGGUCGUCUGUGUGUCUAACACGACUGUCAUACUUUUGUCUGGCCUCAGCAAGCACGAGAUCAACGGUGCCGAGAACCUCCAGAGCCUGCUCGAGCGCGGUGCCCUCUGCCGGACGACCGCAAGCACCAACAUGAACGCCCACAGCAGCCGCUCCCACGCCAUCUGCACCCUGAGCUUCCAGAUGGUCCGCCCGGCGACGGAGACGUCGGACGAGACUGUCACCUCGUCGUUGUUCCACCUGGUCGACCUGGCGGGGUCGGAGCGCGCCAAGAAGACCGGGGCGGAGGGCAAGCGCCUGCGAGAAGGCAUCAACAUCAACAAGGGGCUGCUGGCUCUAGGAAACGUAAUUUCAGCGCUGGCGGAGGGGUGCGGUAGCGGUGGCGGCGGCGGCGGCGGCGGUCACGUUCCCUACCGAGACUCCAAGCUGACGAGGCUGCUUCAGGGAAGCCUCGGGGGAAACUCGCACACCCUUAUGAUCGCCUGCAUCAGCCCGGCAGACAGCAACAUGGGAGAGAGCGUCAACACCCUGCGCUACGCCGAGCGCGCGAUGAACAUCCAGAACACUGCUGUGAAGAACGAGGACGUGUCGGGACCGCCGGUCAGCUACGCGGAGGUCAUGGCCUUGCGCAAACAGGUGCGGGUGAUGGAGGUAGAAUUGGUUCAGGCUCGUCUGUCGGGGCUGGCGGGCGGGUUCGGCUUCGGCACAGGGGGGCGGGGGAUGGGAAUGGGUGGCGAAGGAGGGGGGGGGGAGGCGUAUCGAGACGCGCUGGAGGAGGCGGCCGAGCUGCGAAGAGGGCAAGCGGACCUGGAGCGGCGCGCGCUGGAGGAGACCCGGCGCGCGACCCAAGCGGUGGAGGGAGAGAUGUCCGCCCGACUGGAGUCGGACACGUGGCGCCUUCGCUGCGAGCAGCUCUCGGCCUUGCUGAAGGAGAAAGCACCGCGCGCCCUGGACGGCCUUCCCGCCUGGGCCACGGGAGAGCAAAAAGAACAGGGAGAAGGUUCUUCGGAACCUUCCGGAGAUCGGCUCCCGGAAAGUGACGCAGAAAGUUCUUCGCCCUCCGAAGUCAAGGAGGCGUCGGGGCCCGGGGCUGCGGGCUCGCUGGCCAGGGAGCUGAGGAAGAAGGUGUUCGAGCUUGAGCAGACGGUGUUCUCGCUGGAGGGGAGGCUCAGGCUGGCAGACGAGGCUAGGCUCGAGGCCCGCGGGGGUGGUGGCGGUAGCGGCGGCGGCGACUGCGGGCUCGGCGCUGUUGUUUCCACGCCUAGCGUUGGGGCGGGGGCUACACCGAGGGUUUCUACGUGCUCUUCGUCUGCCGGAGGGCUAUCUACGGGAUCUCCGACAGAAGAGUGCUCGUUCGACUCUUUCGACUCCGAGGAGGCGGGGGGGGGCGGUGGCGGCGUGUCGUUCGAAGGGAGGGAGGGCGGGGGGCCGGAGGAUGGCGAGCCCGGGGGGGACGGUGGCGCGGAAGAAAUCCGGAGGGUGGACGAGGAGAUCGAGAGCAAGGGACGGGAGCUUCAGAUGAAGGCGCGCCAGGCCCAGGCUUACGAGGCGAUGAAGGGACAGUUCGAGGGGCUGCUGGGCCGCCUACAGGGAGAGGUCACCUCCCUCCAGUCCGAGCGAGAUGGCCUUCUUCACAAGCUCUCCCGUGGCGCUUCGUCAUAUUCUUCGGCUUCCCGCCCCGGCGGCGGCGGUGGGGGGGGGGGGGGGUCAGGCGGCGGCGGGGGCGCGGCGCUCGCGAAGAUGAAGGCUAGGGUGGCUGAACUGGAAGCACGCAUCAAGGAGAACAGGAAGAAGGUCGCGGAGCACCAGCGUGCGGAGAGGGAGCGCGCGGCGGCGGCGAAGGAGGCGGAGAGGCUGAGGGCCGAGGUGGCCGAAGCCAAGCAGCGGCGGGCGGAGCUGCAGCGCACGCACCGGGAGGCGUCAACCCGCUUCAUGAAAGAGACGCGGCAGCUCCAUCUCAAGGACGCGCGCAUGCGGCGGGAUGGGGAGCGUAUGCAGUGGCAGGUCAAGAAGCUUCAAGAGUCGCAGGAGAGAACGCAGGCGGCGCUCAAGCGCAAGAUGGAGGAGCACUCCAUGGCCAUGAAAAAGGUACGCACCCUGCAGUCGCACCGCACGGGAGGCAGGGGAGGCAUUGGGGACGGGGCUGGGUCCGGUGCGGGGGGGAGGGGAGACGCUCGGCACCCAUCGGUGAAGGAAGCGAAGAAGGCCGAGAUGGAGGCGUGGCUGGCCACCGAGAUCGAGGAAGACACAGCGGUGCAGAGGGCGAAGCGCGCCCUCAAGGCGCAGCUGAAGCUUCGCGGCGAGGCCGCGGGGAGGGCGCAGGAGCUCCGGGAAGAUGCUGCUAGAGACGAGGAAGGCGUUGCCCGAGGAGCGGAGGCGGAGACGGAGAGCGAAGGUUGCCCGCAGGGGGAGCUGGAGGCGUUGGAGGAAAGGAUUGCGACCGCGUCAAAGGCCAUCAAGAGCUUGCAGACGUUCUUGGUUUCGACCGACCGGAAAAACACCGCGCCUGCAAGCCGGUUGGCAGCGGGAGUGUCUACUACCGCGGCGGCCGGGGGAGCCGCGGGCACCACGCGGUGGGCCCGCGUUCGCACGGCCUGGGACAGCAAGACGGCCCUGUCCCUGCUGUUUUCGGAGGCCGUGAAGUUCAAGGUUCUGGGUUCCACCGCACCUGGAGCAACGGCAGCGGCUUCUGCCGCGGAAGCAGGAGGGACCAAGGGGACCUUCGCCGGCGCCGAUGGGGGGUCGGCCGUUAAGGACGAACGCCUGUCCUGCGGAUCAGCCGCGUCUUCCUCGUCGAGGGUCACCGUGCUCUCGGUAUACAGCGAAGACGGGGAGGGCACGGACGGGUGGUCCGGGAUCGACUGGGACCACCUGCAUUUCUACACGAUCCCCCAGCUGAAGGACUUCCUACGUCGCCACCACCUCCCCGUGUCGGGCAAGAAGGGAGUCCUCAUCAACCGCCUCGUCCAGGCCGCUCGCGAUUCCGGCCACCUGCCUCAGGUCCCACCGUCCUCCCCCGCCGGCUCCGACUUCUCGUUCUCUCUGCCGGGCCUGGACGCUCCCGCAGCCGGCGGCCCCGCUCAACGUGGCCCCGGGCGCGACAACGAAGGAGCCGCCGGGGCGUUAGAGUCAAGCGGUGGGGAGGAUGGCGCCGGCGAGUCGGCCAAGGAAGACGCUGCGGGCGGUUACAGGUAUGGUAUGAAAAGCCGCCCCGCUGUGGCGGCAGCGACGGCAGCUGCCGGGAAACCGAAGACGACUCUCAAGGAGAGGCUCGAGGCGCGUGUACGGGACAGGGACCUGGCCGCAAAGCGUCAAGCCGCCGAAACGCCUCCGCCCAGCGGUGCACCGGGAAGUGGUGCGAACGGUGCCGUCGGGUCGGCCAGCAGUGGUAAUGGUAGCAACAGCAGUGGCAGCAGCUCUCGGAAACAUCAGGCUUGUCCCACAACCACUAGCGGGGAUGCAGGAAGAAAUAGACCGUCGGCGGCUACGCAGGGAAAGCAUAGGCCGGCGUCCUCUCAGUCGCGCACCAGCAAUGAAGCCGGAACGGCCGCGGCGGCGACUUCGGCGAUGGGACCGCCGCGCGUGCGGAAGGCCCUCGGCUCUUUGGGCUCGGGCAACGUCGGCGGCGCCGGCGGCGGCCGCCCCACCGGUAGACCGGCGGGCAUUAAGGCGGCGGUCGUGAAGCAAAAGUCACCGAUCAUCGGAACGCAGGUGGGCACGACGAAGUCGCAGCAGCCUGUCGCAGGUGGUGGCGCUUCUGCGCAACAAAAGCGGGGUCACGGUGCCACGUCGGGCCUGCCAGCACGAGGGGUGGCGAAGACGGCCCGAACGUCCGUGGUGGCUGGGUCCAGCGGUAACAGCAGUGCUAGCCGUGCGGGGACGAUCGAUCGCGUGGGCUCUUCGUGUGACGCCGGCAAAGGCAAAGAAGGGAGAAACGCCUCCUCCGGGAGUGGAAAAAGACCGGUACAACCGGGCGCCGGUACGGCAGCCGGGUCAGCCGCAUCCCACAAAAGGGCGAAAGUGGACGGCGGCGGUGGCGGCGGCGGUGGUGGCUUCAAGGCGGCAUCGACGAAGGCGUCGGCCUUGUCGUCGAAGCAGGCCAGGCCGUCUUCCGUCGGAGCGCCUUCGUUCAUGAAGCCCACGAAAACUUCUGGGGCGCGCAACGUUGGCCCUGAGGAGUGA